AUGGCUUCGUUUCCAGACUCGGACCUGCAGACCUGCCCGCUCUGCAAGGAGCUGUGCGGCUCCUCUGCUCCUAUUUCCUCCAGCUCUUCUACCUCUUCAUCUUCCUCACAUACCUCGUCCUCCUCCAGCCAGACCACCAGGAGGCUCCACGUCCUGCCGUGCCUGCACGCCUUCUGCAGGCAGUGCCUGGAGGGCCAGCGCAGUCCCGGGGACCCGCUGAAGCUGCGGUGCCCCACCUGCGACCAGAAGGUGUGCAUCUCCGAGGCCGGAGUGGACUCCCUGCCUUCCUCCAACUUCCUCUUCAGCAACCUGCUGGACGUGGUGGUGAGCUCCGAGGAGCAGAUCCAGAACAAGAACGGCCACCACCACCACCACCACCGGGGAGGCCUGGGCGGAGGCUCCUCCGGCUUCCAUCACCCCCACACAGGCCUGCUGCACCCCAACCUGGGGGAGCCUCAGUGCAGCUCCUGCGAUGAGGAGAACCCCGCCACCUCCCACUGCCUUGACUGCCAGGAGUACCUGUGUGACAACUGUGUGCGGGCGCACCAGAGGGUGCGGCUGACCAAGGACCACUUCAUCGAGCGCCUGGGGGAGAACCUCCACCUGGGCCGCAUCAACGUCAACAGCAACCCGGGCCAGCCGGGGGUGUCGGUGUCCCUCGCCCAGUCCCUGCAGAACAACUUCGCCCUGCUGUCUCUGUUCCAGGACCACAUGAGCUUCUGCCAGCACCACGACAAUGAGGUGUUUCUGUUCUUCUGUGAAUCCUGCUCGGUGCCUAUCUGUAGGGAGUGCAGCGUGGGCCGUCACAUCGGCCACACCUUCGUUUAUCUACAAGACGCUGUGCAGGACUGCAGGGCCAUCACCAUCCAGCUGCUGGCAGACGCACAGCAGGGACGUCAGGCUGUGCAGCUGAGCAUGGAGAAGGUCCAGGCCAUGGCGGAGCAGGUGGAGAUCAAAGCCAAGGUGGUGCAGACUGAAGUGAAGGCCCUCGUGCUCAGACACAAGAAAGCGCUGGAGGAGAGAGAGUGUGAACUACUGUGGAAGGUGGAGAAGAUCCGUCAGGUGAAGGCCAAGUCUCUGUACCUGCAGGUGGAGAAACUGCACCAGAGUCUGACCAAGUUGGACAGCACCAUCGCUGCCGUCAGCCAGGUACUGGAUGAAGGCCGCCACCUGGACGUGCUGCUGGCCAGGGAGCGAAUGCUCACCCAGAUCCAUGAGCUCAAGGCUCUGAGGGGCCUGCUGCAGGUGCAGGAGGACGACCGCUUCAUGUUCACCCCUCCAGACCAGGCUCUGUACAUCGCCAUCCAGUCCAUGGGCCUCAUCAGCAGCGGAGCCUUCGCCCCAGUCACCAAAGCCCACGGUGAGGGUCUGAAAAGUGCGCUUCGUGGCAAGCCCGCCUCCUUCACUGUGAUCGGAUAUGACCAUGACGGCGAGCCACGUCUCUCCGGCGGGGACACGGUGUCUGCAAUAGUCAUGUCGGUCGCAGACGGCAACCUGUCUGCCGCGGACGUAACGGACCACCAGAACGGCUCGUACACCGUCAGCUACCUGCCCAAAUGUGAGGGGGAGCACCUGGUGUCGGUGCUGGUGUGUAACCAGCACAUCCAGGGCAGCCCCUUCAAGGUGAUGGUCAAGUCAGGGCGGAGCUACGGCUCCCUGGGCUCCCAGGUGUCGUCUUUCGGGUGUGAGGGGGAGGGAGACGGUCAGCUGUGUCGUCCCUGGGGCAUCAGCGUGGACAAGGAGGGAUACGUUGUGGUGGCUGAUCGCAGCAACAACCGCAUACAGAUAUUCAAGCCUUGCGGUGCCUUCCACCAUAAGUUUGGCUCUCUGGGUUCUCGGCCUGGUCAGUUUGAUCGUCCAGCGGGGGUCGCGUGUGACAGUCAGAGACGAAUCAUUGUGGCUGAUAAGGACAAUCACCGUGUGCAGGUGUUUACUUUUGAGGGCCAGUUCCUGCUGAAGUUUGGGGAAAAGGGUACAAAGAACGGGCAGUUCAACUAUCCCUGGGAUGUGGCUGUCAACUCUGAGGGUAAGAUCCUGGUCUCCGACACCAGGAACCACCGCGUGCAGCUCUUUGCCCCUGACGGCUCUUUCCUAAACAAGUACGGCUUCGAGGGGGCCCUGUGGAAACACUUUGACUCUCCCAGAGGAGUGGCCUUUAACCACGAAGACCACCUGGUGGUGACCGACUUCAACAACCACAGGCUCCUGGUCAUCCGGCCGGACUGCCAGUCGGCCCGCUUCCUGGGCUCCGAGGGCACUGGGAACGGGCAGUUUCUGCGCCCCCAGGGCGUCGCCGUGGACCAGGAGAACCGCAUCAUCGUGGCCGACUCCCGCAACCACAGAGUCCAGGUGUUCGAGCCCAAUGGAAACUUCUUAUGCAAAUUUGGCACACAGGGGAGCAGCUUUGGACAGAUGGAUCGCCCCUCCGGUGUGGCUGUGACGCCUGACGGAGUCAUUGUGGUUGUUGACUUUGGAAAUAAUCGCAUCCUCAAGUUCUAAAAAAAAAGAAAAAGUUUAUUUUUGCAUUCUCUCCCUCUGUUUGGCCUUUUGCAGUUUUCUCGAUGAAGGAAAUGGAGGCGAGAGAAUGAAUCAACAGACACAACAGGAGGCGAGCUCAGAGAGGACUGAGAACACGCUGAAGUGAAGGGAAAUUAAAACUAUAGAUUUUUUUAUUUACAUCGAUACCCUCCCAAUCAGAUCUCUGUGGUGUGUGUGACAAAGGGGACCUCUACAAAUUGAUAAUCAGUAGAAAAAGAGCCAUAUUUCCCUUCUCCUCCUCAGCGGCUCUGAGUUCUCUCUGCCAGCUCUCCUUAAGUAUCCAUCUCAGGGAUUUUUUCACUUUUUAUCCUCUGCUCCAUACCUACCUCAUUUAGCUCUUUAUGAAUGUACUCAUAGUCACCGAGCAGAGGUUUUAGUCCGUGAAGUUUUACAAAGAAGAAAAGUCUACCUCUAUACUUUGUUAUUUAAGAGAGACAAAAAAAUAGACUGUUCAGUUGAUAUUUGCACAGGAUUAAAGGAAUACUUGCUGUGCAUUUUGAAAUAUGAGUUAAAGUGAACCUCCUGAAUGUUGUUGCUGAGACAAUACUCAGACCGCUGUAGAGGCUGCAUGAUUUAUUCUCAUUAGAGGGCUUCGCUUGGGGAGGAAACUAGGGUACAGUAGUGUCCUUUCAUGUUUUUAGGCUAGUUAGUUUUUGGCUUACGCAUCGACCCUUGUCUCUUUGUGGCUCUGUGGAGUUUGUGUGUCAUGAGGAGUGUGCGAAGCGAUGCCAAAAUAGAUAGAAUCAGAAUUAGCUCAGGUCACCGUAGGACUGGUCGAGAUGAUCGGUGCCUCGCAGGCUCUCCCUCUAGCUUUACUGACUUAUGCUGAUUUGAUGAAUUUAUUGAUGAGUAAAAAGUAUAAAUUUAAGGGAAAUCAUCUGCAAAAUGAUCCCUGGAAUAAGUCCUGAAUAAGUAGCCCUGUAAUAAAAGAAUCCAAAGUGUUUGAUCAUUCCCCCCCCCCCAGCUCAUAAGACUGGAUGAUAAAACAAGACGACCUGUGUCGCUCCUGUCGGUUACAUGAACAACUAAGAUGCAAAGACAAGUAUGCAAGGAGAGCGGCGCCUCCUCGGCAGGGAGGAACCCACCAAAGGAUUUUGGUGAUGAAUUUUCAAAGAUCUGGAUCUAUUAGCGAUCUUAUCGUACAGAUUAAAUCAUUGAAUUGAAUGACACCUUUUUGAUGAGGUAUGCUGUGUGACAAAAGCCUCACAAGUUAGACACCUAAUUUGGCUGUCCAGAGGAUGUUAAUGACAUAAAUGAAAGGCCUAACAUUACAAUCCUUUGGCUUUGUGGUUGAAAGCCACGCCCCCUGGCUCCUAGGGCCGGGAAUCGAGUCCAACGAGAGGGCACGAUCACAAAGCCCUGCCCUAUUUAUUGACGCGUGGAGUUGAGGAGACAUCUCCAGAGUGAGCGCUAGUAGACCGAUUCCUCUAAAGACGGAGGUCUAUAGAUCGACCACUGGAGUCUACCAAAGUUAGAAUUUCUGCACAAUGGCCAACUGUAGAUUAAAAUAUUCCCCUUUAAAAAACUUUUUCUUGAAUAAUCAUUGUUGCUGGGAAGUCUGAAGUUCAUAAAAGGCGUGGAGUUGAGUUCAUAGCACUGUCCGUGUUAGGCUUAGAAGAAUAACUGUGCUUGGGUCACAGUUUAUUGUGCAUGAGGACUUUCACAUCCUGCUGCUGUGUGAGGCAGGUCUGAAAGUCAUGUAGAGAACAGAAGAUACCCGCACCAAAGAGAACCCCUUUGCCCCCCUCGCAUUUAUCGCCUCAGCCCAGUUUUCUCAUUAUUAGACGGCCCCUUGUUUCCCAGUCUAAUUACUAUAGAAACUAAUAGCUACUAACUCUUUGUGGUGAAAGCAUUGUGGGGUUCUGAAUCCCUUUGCCCUUUGUCCAAAUCUGUGUCCCACUGGAAGCACUAGACAAUUAUGGUUCUGCUAGCCACUUCCUCAGCCUAGCAAAGAAUCUUGGGACCUCUGGAAAGAUCGACCGGCCGGCCCUCGCCUCUGAGGAGAGGGCCCGUCUGCACAUGGUCAGUAUUUGCAUCGUCAUAUCUCAGAUAUCACGUACGGUUUCACUUCCUCUCUCAUAUACCUCGACUCCUGAAUACCUCACUCAUAGCUGCUGUGCAUUUAAACAUUCAAAUACCUCAACGUGUUACAUAUUCUGAAUACCUCAUAAUGACUCUUUUAUUUAAGCAUACCUCGUCAGAUAUUUAUGCACGACAAAUAUACCUCAUUCUGUGAAGCUUCUUGUGUUACAGUACAUGUCCCACAGCUCUAGGACCAAAGAUCAUGGUACCAUCUCGAGUUCAAAGAAAGUUUGUGUUAAUGGUCAUCGUUCCAUCUCGCAGCCCUGAGCAGCUUUUGGUUUGUUGAAUCUACUGUAAAAAAAAAAAAAAAUGCCUGGUUAACUUUGCCUUUUCUCACCAAGAAACCAAAUAUUUCAGAUGAAAGCAUUGUGCCAAAAUGAUCUGUGAGAGUUCUGUGCCAAACAGGGUUGGCACCGGGACCACGCUGUUGCAGACGACAAAUGUCACUGGACCAUUAUAUCAUAGAUGUUGAAUCGGAGCACCUGAGGAUAAAUCCCCUCUCUGAUUGGAUGCACUUAACAGGGCUGGGCCCAAUUUAUCUUUACCUCAUAAUGAUGAUGAACACGCAGAUUCCACUUGUACUUCGCUACUGUGCGCAAUAGUUAAAGGGGAAGAGGAGGUGGCCUCUUUUAAAGAGUUAAAGAACUUCACAAAUCCGCCUUUUAAUGCACAAGAAUAACCUCAGUCUAACCAACACGUCAGCGUGGAUUUUAAGAAGGCUGAUGUUGGUUGUAGAGGACCUUGAGUCUAAACUCACUUUAAACAAACACAUCAGAUGCGUCAUGCAUGGCAACAGGCUGGUUUAUUAUUGAAGUUGAAGUGAAGAGCGAUUAGCACAUUGACGGCGAGCCAGUUUGAUUCCACAGACCCAGCUGCUUUGAACUCAGCACCUAGUUUCACCAGUACGAUUGUCUUUUGCUUUGCAGUAUUACUCUGUGAAAUGUUCAUUCAUGUUGCAUCCGUUUGGUUUUUUAUUUCAUUAUUAAAAUAGCAGAAUUCUAUCUUUAAGAUCAUUAGGUCUUCACUCUUAAAGAGGAAAGUGUAUUUUAAACCUUUGAUUUUGUUUUUCAUUUUGUUGCAUGCUUUAAAAAGUCCUUGUAUUAUAUUGACGUCUCUCAGAUAGGUGUUGAUGAACUCAGACGGGGUGGGUAGCUCACUAUUGGGAUGGUUUUACCAAUAUAUAUACCCAAAGAUGUGUAUGUGUGCGUUAGGAUUGCGUUGGAUGGGAUUAACCUUUUUGACCUUUGCGAUUGUAUUUCCUGUUCUUAAGAGGCGCUGCAGAGCACAACCUGUUCAGCCAGCCACGCCUCGACUUGUGAGCGAUAGCCGAGGCAGUUUUCGGACGAGUACGGCCCUCUGCCAUUAGUGCUUCAUUUUCCUUUAACCCCCUCUAGUAUGCAGAAUAUGAUUAGUCAUAUUACCUUCUGUCCUUUCACACUCUGUAACUUUAGGAAGCUGGAGACACUUCCUGCUGAGCAUAGGUUUACCUUCCCAACAAUGAUGAAUCCACAAGGCGGCCAUUUUGUGUUUGACCUAGUAAUGGGAACUCUCUCACUGCCCUGUGAGAAGCAGCUAGGUUUCUCCAGCACAAACCAGCAAGCAGCACCCUUCCUCGUCUUUGUAAGAAUCCAGGAAGUGCGGUGACGGCUGCUGAGCACGUGAUUGGUUGACUGCACUCCUGUUAGGUGUUUUUUUUUUCUUUUUUUUUCUUCUGUUUUUUUAAUUGGGCCCCUGUGGUUUUUUUGUCCACCAUUUUAUUGCUGGCCUCUCACGGCUUUAAGAAAGAAAAAGCUGCACCAGGUGACGUGUGCAAGGUCGUAGACCUCCUUUAAUGAUUGUAUACUCUAAAGACAGAAAGACAAAAAAAAAAAAAAAAGGUUGGAAAAUUUAGAAAGGAAAAAAAUAAAACUCAGGUAGUUCUCAGCAGCCCUGCCCUGCUGGCGUCUCAUUGAAACGUGUCCCAUAGUGAUGAUGUAGUGACCUCUCCCCUGUUAUGACCUCUCAGUACUAGUCUGAUUCUUUUGUGUGCCCAUUUACAUAUUAUAAAACAAAUUAUUUCUUAAUCUGAAACAAUAAGGCUUUCGAUUAGUUUCCCCUGAUUAAUCUUUGGGUUUUGGUUCUUUCUUUUUAUUUUAUUUUUUGGCCAAUUUUUGUUUUCCUUUACAAAAGUACAAAUACUUCACACCACUCGAUGCUCAUUGGCCCUUUUAGAAUGUAUUUUGUGAAGAAAAGGGUUAAAUGGGGUCUUGUUGAUGUUCGCUCGCUCCACGCAGCUGCUGACAGGAGACACGACACUGAAAACAUUUGCUGCCAAAAUGUUCCACAGCAGCUCUGCUUCAGGUGUGAGGUGUAAUCAUGUGGCUGUGGUGGAACGUGCAGCACCGCGUUUACAUCGGUGUCCCCAGACUUCAGGGAGAUGUUUGGCCCGGGGAUUAAGAGCCAGCUCGUCUUGUCCAAACGCUUGUUUGCGUUGUGUCCUGUUCUCCCAGCGGCUGCUUGUGUGCAGAGUGGAUAUUGUGUUUGUGCGCUGCAUCCGUGUUGUGUAAGCAGAAAUCCACUGAAUGUAUCCUCGUAACAGUCCAAGAGGCAGGGCGAGCCGGCGUGGCCAGCUGAGUUUAGAUGGUUGCUGCUGGCGCUUCCUCGUCCAGGCGCUUGUGUGUGUGUGUGUGUUAAUCAGUCGAACCUUGUGUGUGUUAGUGUGUGUGCGUUGGCCAGCACACCUUCCCUCCCUCUUAACACACACUCGCACAUCGUGCUGAGUUUAAGUGCAGAUGUCAGGUCUUCAGUCUAAAUAAGGCAGAGGAGACUAUAAUAUUUUGGCCACCUGCUGCUCGCUCUGUACUCUGUGGACUUUAAACAUUUCCUAUGCAGUUUUUUUUUGUUUUGUUUUGUUUACACUUAAAUAAAGUUUUUUGACUUCAAAA